GGAUAAGGCUAAGGAAAGCGAUCUCCCAAAACAAAUAGCAAAGAUCGUUGCAAUUGAGUGUAUUUUUGUGUGCCAGUGCAUCUGUGACGCUUAAAUAGCUGUGUAAUCAAAUAGAAAAUAAGAGUUUAAAUACUCGGCGAGCAAAUUGAGCAAACAAACAAGUUUAGCAGCCAACGAAACAGCGAAAAUCCAGUCGGAAAGGAAAUGUAGACCGGGCAGGCCGAACUCGGAACGAAUCCUGCAACCGCGAAUGUCACUCCUAGGAAAGCCGCUGAACUACAACCGCGGCACCCGCCGCGAUGUUCGCUACCGGCGCCUCCAGAGUCGCCUCUACAACUUCCUGGAGCGGCCGCGCGGCCUGCACGCCAUCUUCUACCAUGUGAUGGUAUUCCUGAUGGUGUUCACCUGCCUGGCGCUCAGUGUGUUUUCCACCAUCAAGGAGUACGAAGAGGACGCCGUCUACAUUCUGUUCCGCAUGGAGAUCCUGGUGGUUAUCUGGUUCACAAUGGAGUUCGGAGCUCGACUCUGGUCAUCGGGCUGCCGAUCGCGAUACCAGGGAUGCCUGGGUCGACUGAAGUUCGUGAAGCGACCAUUCUGUAUUAUAGAUAUUGUCACCAUUUUAGCCUCAAUUGUAGUAUUAGGAAUGGGCACCUCGGGCCAGGUGUUCGCCACGAGUGCUUUACGUGGCCUCCGGUUCUUUCAGAUCCUUCGGAUGGUGCGCAUGGAUCGGCGGGGCGGCACCUGGAAGCUGCUCGGUUCGGUUGUAUACGCACAUAGACAGGAGCUGAUCACAACCAUGUACAUAGGGUUCUUAGGUCUAAUCUUUGCAUCAUUCCUGGUCUAUAUGUGGGAGAAGGACGUCAAUGAUAAGUUUAGCAAUUUCGCCCAAGCCCUCUGGUGGGGUGUGAUCACACUCUGCACGGUGGGCUAUGGAGACAUGGUGCCGAUCACCUGGCAGGGCAAGCUAAUUGCCUCCUGCUGUGCCCUUCUGGGAAUAUCCUUCUUCGCCCUGCCAGCGGGCAUCCUCGGCAGCGGAUUUGCUCUGAAAGUGCAGCAGCAGCAGCGGCAGAAGCACAUGAUUCGGCGUCGCCAGCCGGCGGCCACUCUCAUCCAGGCCGUGUGGAGAUGCUAUGCGGCCGACGAGCAUUCCGUAUCGGUGGCUACGUGGAACAUCCACCGGGUGGCUCUGCCCAGUCCGCCAGCUUCUUCUGAAAACUGGGAGCGAUUAUUAAAAAACAUAACUGAAUAUAGACGGGCGUCAUCCAGCUUCAAGCACAACACGUCCUUCGUGGCCCGGCUGCCCACCAUCCGGAGGCACAAGAGCCAGACGAUCCAGACGCCGGGCGGAGGCGACGGCGGCGGAGUGUCCAAGCCGCCGGGCUCGUCGAGGGCCUCCACGAGGUACACCCGCACCAUCCGGGACAUCAAUGCGUCCGUGGAGAAUCUGGCCAGCCAGCCCGCGACGCUGGCCAACUGCAAGCUCAGCUCGAGCGCCGGUUCCCUGGCCCAGUUUCCCGAUCGUGAUCGGGAUCGACGAGAGCGUGGCGAAGGGGAAGGGGAUCAGGCUGAGGAGCAGGCCAAAGCCGGUGGCUCCCGGAGAAAUCUCACCAUUCCGGUGGUGCUCUACGGUUUUCUGCACGGCAACUUCUUGGGCUCGACGCUUUCGCUGCGCAAUCCACGUGUGGCUCCCGCCAACGAUCGGGACCUGGAAGCUGGCCGGGAUGAGGAUGAGGUCCACAAAGACACUUGCCAGCGGAGCAACACCUUGCCGCUGCCCGUCAAGCCAGACAGUCCCAGUGGUAGCCCGGGAAGUGGUCGUACGGGUCGGUUUUUUGCGGCCGCAUCGCACUUUCUGGAGACCGGAUUCAGCACACCAAAUCCAACCAUCGACGUGGCAACUAGCAACCAAAACCUAACGCACAAGCCAAUCUCUCUGAUUCACAAAUUGCCCGCAGAUGAGGAGGACGAGCCGCGCUGCACGCAGCUAACCAACCGGCACAAGACCGCCAUCAGGUUCAUACGCAAGCUCAAGUACUUUGUGGCACGGCGGAAAUUCAAGGAGGCCUUGAAACCGUACGACGUCAAGGACGUCAUGGAGCAGUACGCAGCCGGUCACGUGGACUUGUUGGGUCGCGUUAAAAUGCUACACUUGCGCUUGGAUCAAAUCCUGGGCAAACAAGGGUCCAAGGCCAAGGAUGUAUAUGCAUCCAAAAUAAGCCUAGCCUCCCGCGUGGUUAAAGUCGAGCGGCAGGUCGCUGAUAUCGAAGAGAAGCUAGACAUUCUGAUCAAGGCUUACAUGGAGGAUCGUGAUAGAUUCCUGGCUCUUCCGCUGCCAGCCAAGCCCAAAAUACAUUCCAUUAGUCCUAGCCACAAGCCCCUGCACCACGCCCACAACCUGGCGAUGAUCGACGUGUGGAAACGGACCGCGGCGCUCAGUGUGCAUCCGGAGCAGGUGACCACCACACCCUUGCUGAAUCCCUCGGCGCCGGACAGCUCCGAGCUGCGAUCCCUGACAGCCACGCAAACGCCUACCACCACAACCGAUGCAAUCGCCACACAAACCCCCAUGCCGCCGCAUAUGCAGCAUACAGCGACCAAUACAAAGUCUUCCGUGCUUAACUCAUAUCAGUUGGGGUCUGAGAAGCAGCAGCACAAUGAUGUUUUUAUGACUGAAUUAGAGAAUAGAACCAAAAAACGUGUUACGUUAAGCCUUCAUAGAUCAACAUCGGAGCCGUAUAGCAAGCAGGAGCAACGGAUCACUAUACCCGAUGAGGGAGCUGAUUCCCUGGACAGCAGUGCAAAGCCAACGCCGCCAGAUAGUUCAAUUAUAUUAAUCGAUGAGUACGAGGACUUCGAGGAGGAGGAUCUUAACUGUGAGGGUGAAAUGGAUCAUUUCCCCACCUGGGAGAUCGACAGUGAUAUUGGCGUAGAAGUCGAUGUGGACGCGGAUGCCGAUGGCGACUGUGAUGAGUCCACCGAGGACACGGCACUGCUGCAGUGUGCCACGCGCACCGCCAUUGUUAUAACACCAAUUAGCCCAGUAAGCUCCGCACACAAUCUUCAGCAAUUAAAUGACCAAACUACAACGCUUAAUAAAUCAAAUUUGCUUCCGCCAGACUCUGGCUAGUUAAUUGCAAUUGAAAUUAGCUAAACGUAGCCAUUACAUUAUCACUAGAAUUAUAUAUUAUAUACUAUGGAAUGCAUAUUAAUGUCAUUUUGGGGCAUCAUUUGUGUUCAAUUAAUUGGUAGCAAACAAAUGAAAAUCAAACUAAAUAAAUCUGUUUUAGCAGCAAAUCUUACAUUACCGAAA